AUGCAAAGGCAGCUGAAGCGGAACAUUUUAUUGUUACUCGGGAUUGUGACCUUGGCGAGGUGCGAAUCGGGCGGGGAAUCAAAUCAUAUUCGAGUGAAACGGAUUGUGGGUGGCAAGCAGUCGAAGGCGCCGCCAGUCGAUGAUCCUGUGAUUUUUGCGCGACUCUUUAAUCGCGAUGCUCGAGUCGAGGGCUUUCGAAAUCCCAAUACGGGCAUCUAUAGUUUCCUCGGAAUGCACUAUGCUGAACCUCCGCUGGGCCCGCUGAGAUACUCCCGUCCGGUUUACAAGAGACUGGCUGGCGAUUUUAAUGCCACCAAGCAUGGACCACCCUGCAUUCAACCGCAUCCGCAGUUUCCCCAGCGGAUUAUCGGCGAUGAGGAUUGCCUGCUGCUGAAUAUCUACACUCCACAAAUGCCGGACGAGAGCACGGGACUCCCGGUCUUCGUAUGGAUCCAUCCGGGUGGCUAUCGAUAUGGCUCGGCCGCCCAGUACGAUGCCACGCCCAUGGCCCAAAGGGGCGCCAUUGUGGUGGCCCCUCAGUAUCGCCUGGGCUCCCUGGGCAUCAUGGGCGAUGGCACCAAGGAGUUCGAUGGAAAUCUGGCCAUGUUCGAUCUGGCCGCCGCUCUCCGUUGGGUCACCGAUUAUAUCUCCUAUUUCGGCGGUAAUCCCAAACAGGUUCAAGCUAUUGGACACGGAUCGGGAGCAGCUAGUGCCAUGUAUCUUUCCAUGUCCCAGACGUCAAGGAGCGCCGGGGAUGUUCAUGGGGUGGUGGCCAUGUCGGGAACGGCGCUUUCUCAGUACGCCAUGGACAAGGAACCCGUUCAGAGUGUCCAGGAGUUGGCCAAAAUCAACGGGUGUCCCACUGGAAACGAACUGGAGAUCGUCAACUGUAUGAGAGCGAAAAGUGCCGAGGAGAUCAUUAAGAACGAUGACAAAGUGCAAACAGAGCGUUUGGCUGGACGAGCCCUGGUCAAAGGACUAACUGGAAAUGUUGGUUUCCAGCCUCACAUUGAAAGCGAGGACGAUGGAAGGGCGCUGCCAAGUCUGAUAGUUGGAGAACCGGAACAGCAGCUCAAGAGCAGUAACUUUUCGGGAAUUCCCCUGCUGACCGGAGUCACCAAGCACGAGACAGCCAAUUCGGUGACGGUGGAAAGCAUUGAAAAAGUUUUCGGAACGGCCGAACAGUUCUUGGGAUCUCUCAGUGAUUCCCUCAAUAAGCUGACGAGUUUUUUGAAAAUCGAUAAGUUAACCGGUCAGAUUGCCAAACCGGAACUUCCGGGUCUAACGAGUGUGCUGACACCUACUCUUCAGGACGUUUGGAAGGUGCCGCAGGCCUUGAACGUGGAUCAAGUGCUCUCUAAGGUGGUGGAGUCCACAACCGAUGUUCUUUUCAAUCUUCCCGCGGUCCUGACCACACAAGUUUGGUCCAAACUGGCACCAGCUUUCAUGUACAGCUUCGAGUACAAUGGCACCAAGUCAAAGGGUGUUAACUUCUUGAAAGGUCUUCCCAUUGUCUCUGAAACUGCUCACGAUAAACCCGAGACAGUGGGUCAUGGCGAUGAGAUUGGCUAUAUGUUCGAUGCAAAUGAUAUUUUUGGCAAUCCCCUAGAGGAAACCCGUUUGACCAGUGCCGAGGAUCUGAAAGUUCGUCAUAACCUCAUCGAUCUCUUGGUUAAGUUUGCCAAUAGAGAUAAAGAGGAGGGCGGCAAGAGUUCAUCGCUUUUCCAGAGCGUUACGGGAAAAGCUACGCCUUUUAUCAAGAUCGAUACUAAAUUGGAGACCUCCAACGAUUUCCGCUUCUGCGAACUGUCCGUUUUGGGUGCCUCGCUCUCUCCCCUGAGUUCUACCACCUGUGAGGGAUUGGGCAACCUACUGGGACAACUGGGAGGUGGUUUGGGCCAGACUCUGGGAGGAGUGGGCAACACCUUGGGAUUGGGAGGCCUCGUAGGAGGAGCAGGAGGUGGCGGUGGUGGUGGGGGUAAUCGGGGCAGAAAGCCAGGAGGCGGAGGUCUCGGACUAGGGAUUUUGUAG